AUGCCAUAUACUUCAGACGUACCAGACGAUGUACCAGAUGACACACCAGUCGGUACUCCAGUCGCGCACCACUUUCCCGAACACACAUACCGUGACAGAUGUACGUCUCUCAAUUCGGACGACUCAGACAGUGCGCCACCAGAAUCGAUGCUCAAGAAACUCAUAUUCAAGAAACGCAACAAUGAGCCGAGCCAAUCUCCCACCGAGAUAGACCCAUCCGCAGGACCAAUUCCACCAGGCCCCCCGCGUGUGAAUCCUUUCCCGGGCCUUCCCGUACCACCCCAACCAGAAACAGGCCGACGACUCCCGGCAUCCCGUCAGCGAACAGCGGGAGCUUGCCGCCGCGUAAUAUCUUGUUGUAUUGCCAUCGUCUUCCUUGCCAUGGUUCUUAUCCUGAUGAUCACUUUCGUCUUGCCCAGGAUACUAGUACCGACCGAUCCAAGUCUUCCCUUGCUGCUGCCACCAGGCAAACAAGAGUUGAGGAUCCCAAGACACUUGGCGGGAGGGAUUGGGGCUCUCGAGACAGUAGAGGCUCUUUUGCUCUCUCUGCAAGAACCUCUACACAUUCCGGAACUGAACUCGGUCGCACGGGAUUUGGACAAGUCGGAAUCAGAGACAACCAUUGUUAUCGAGCAGACUGUCGAAGUCGCGCUUGUCGAGUGUUUUGCUGCUGCCCAAAGGGCGGAGGAGGCCUGGAUCGUUGGUCCCACCGUCUACCAAAGCCUCGAUCUUGUGUUUCGUGGACCAGAGGGCUUGGCAAAGCAAACUCUGCGACGACUGAAAGGUCCAGGGAAAAUCAAGCUAGAGCGGAUAUCCAAAAUCAUCUCGGACGAGGAUACCACCAUGUCAGAAGAGGUCAAGGCAAUCGAGAAAGGCCUCGAGAAUUGGAAGUGGUUCUGCAAGGAUGAAAGCCCCCGGCUUGCGAGCUUGUAUCAGCGACACGAGGGUUUGAGGCAAGCGCUGCAAGGGCUUCAAAGGGUGCAAAGCCAUGUGGAGCAUGGGGCGGUCAGAGAACUGGAGCACUAUUUGAAAAGGGUCCAAGCGACGAGAGACGCAGUGGGCGGAAACGCGACGAUUAAAGGGGGUCAGAUGAGAAUGUUGUGCGGGAAGGUUGAGAGAGCUGUGAAUGGGUAUUGA